AUGACCGAGGCUGCAGUUACGCGCUUCUUCCAGUCGCCUCAAUUCGCCGUGGCGGGCGCAAACAACGACCCUAGCAGGUUUGUCUUUGCAUGGUAUCACCAGCACUCGCUGCCAGUAACUCCCAUCCACCCCCGCGAAUCAAGCAUCAGAUUGCCCUCGCAAGAAUACCCCGUCACAUCGACCCCGAAAUCACUCACCUCACCCACCGAGACAUCGUUGUCGUUCGUCACGCCGCCUCCAGUGACGCUGCAGCUGUUGAAGGAGGMCCACGAAGUCGGUAUACCGGCGGUAUGGUUUCAGCCGGGUACAUAUAACGACGAAGUGCUGGAAUAUGCGCGAGACAAUUUCCCUGCUGUGAUCGGUGGGCGCGGGGGUGCAGGCAGUGAGGGAUGGUGCGUUUUGGUGGAUGGUGAAGACGGGCUGGAAUCUGCUGGGCGGACUUGGAAGCAGCAGAAGCUGUAG